CUGAAUAUCAAAUCUACUCAUGUGUUAUGAAAUCGAAGUUCUCUCUUUAUUUGGAUGAUAAUCUUUCCCUCUAAAAUAUGUGGUUCUCAAACAAUUCGUUGAAGCUGCUCUUUUGUAUUCUUUUGGCAAUCGUCAGAUCGCAAGCAGAUUUAUCAGCUUGUGAACAGAAAGAAAAGCACCUCGUAGCUUUAGAUCUUGCCAAAGAAUCUAUCUCAAAAGCCAAAGAUCUUCAACCUGCUUGUGUUAAUGACUCCAAAGAUAUUUCUUCAAAUUCAAGUGAAUGCGGCACAAAGGAAAAAAUCUCAGCUUAUUUGGAUUUUGCAAGAAAUUUGAUUGAUGAAGCCAAAGAGAACUUUACAACUUGUGAUGUAACCAAGAAUCUUACAAAAGUUGUGCUUCUUCAUAAAAAGCCAGCGGAUUGCUUAGAAAUUUUGGAAAAUGGAGAGAGCAAAAGUGGUGAAUAUACAAUAUGGCCCAGACAUCGUAUUUUUAAUGGCAAUCAACUGACAGUGUAUUGCGAUAUGGAAACUGACGGCGGAGGAUGGACGGUGAUUCAAAGAAGAGGAAAUUUUUCAGAGACAAUUGAUUUUUACCGAAAUUGGACGGAAUACAAAUAUGGAUUUGGAAAUAUAUCAGAGGAGUUCUGGAUAGGCAAUGAUAAUAUAUUUGCUUUGACAAACCAAGGAAAUAAUAUUGUGCGUUUUGAUAUGGAGAAUGUAACCAACGAAUACAGAUUUGCUACAUAUUCUUCUUUCUGGAUAGAAGACGAAAAUGCUGGUUAUAAGUUACAUUUCGGGGAAUACAAUGGCACAGCUGGUGAUGGCUUCGGUAAAGUUAACAACGUGGAGUUUUCAACAAAAGAUAAACAAUAUGAGAAAUCGAAUAAACAGUGCCCUUCCUUGAAAAAAGGUGGCUGGUGGUAUGAAAUGUGUGGCUUGAGUAAUCCGAAUGGUGUGAAUCUUCCAGGAGGUAAAAACGACAAAAUCUACAUGAAUUGGUACCCAUGGACUACUUAUGAUUCUUUGUUCACGAUAGAAAUUAAGAUAAGAUCGGAAAACUGAAAUUGUCAUAGCAAAUUUUUCCAUAUUUCUGCAACAUGUCACAGUUAUUCUCAACCUAUGCAACCAAAAUGCCAAAGUAUUUAAAAAUAUUAAUAAUCGCUAUAUACCACAAUAAAAAAAAUAUAGUAUUAGAUUCAUUAAAAUGAAAUAUCAGACUUAAAUAUAUGUAAAUAUACGUAGCAAAUUUAUAUUAGAAUCGACAUUAAUCAAAUUUCAUUUUUUAUGCUUUUAUAUUCGACGUUAUGAAUAACUUCUGUUAAAAAUAUUUAUUAUAUAAUAGAAUAAUUUACUUUAGUUUUGACAUCAAAUAGUUAACUUGUUUUAAAAUAAUGUUAUGAAUAAUUUCUGCUAUAAAUAUUUAUUAUUUUAUGGGAUAAUUUACUUUAGUUUUGACAUCAGAUAAUUGUUUUUGCUUUAAAAUUAUGUUAUGAAUAAUUUCUGUUAGAAAUAUUCAUUGUAAUCGAGAAAUUUGCUUUGGUUUUGACAUCAAAUAGUUAACUUGCUUUAAAAUUAUAAUAUGAAUAAUUUAUGAUAGAAAAAUUUAUUAUGUGAUCGAACAGUUUACUUUGAUAUUGACAGUUAACUUGCUUCAAAAUCUGUGUUUCCUUACAUACGUUUAAACAGUACCUUUCUUAGUAUUUAAACAUACCUGUCUCUUCUAAUUUUUAUUUCACAUAAAUAUAAGAAGAUCAUUUGAUCUGAAAUAGUUAAAAAUUAAAAAUUCACUCUCUGUAGGUUGAAGAGAAGUGUUUAGUAUUUGCAUGCAAAUUUGUAUUCCAUGGUGUUCCAAAGGUUGAGACUGACUGAAAUAUUCCAUAAAACUGUAGCAGUAAAAAUAAAUGAAAUAAAAUUUGCUCUCAAACGU